AAUGCCGGCAAAAGGAUUUCUUCUCACGCUGCUAGUGCUGGUUGCUAGCAGCAGUUUCCAUGGCCAUCACCAGGUGAAAGGUGAAAAGUACGAGGACGAGGAUGACUACUACGAUUCAAGAGAACGUGUCCUGGAAAACUCGUACCACGGGCUGAUAAAGGAAAAUGAAACAUUCGUCGAGAUCACGCCACUGAUCAAAGUCGACGAGACGAAAAUCUGUGGCUUUCACAUAAUCAAAAAGAAUAAGGAAAUUCCCUUUCAGAUUGAGCUUGUCAACGAGCUUGGCAUCCUGAAAGCGAAAAAGACACUAAACUGCGAAAAGCGGAAAAAUUACAAAUUUGACAUUACGGCCGUGUUUUGUGAUGGAUCACAUUCGAAAAGCGCGAGUGUGCACAUCUCCGUGAUUGACAUUAAUGAAUAUUCGCCAACAUUCCUGCAGCCCUCAUACGUCACCGAGGUUGACGAGGGUCGCCUAUACCAGGAGAUCAUCCGUGUAGAGGCUACCGACAAAGACUGCACACCGUUGUUCGGUGAUGUGUGCAAGUAUGAGAUCCUCACCAACGACCAACCGUUCACCAUCGACAACGAGGGUUCGAUACGCAACACGGAACCACUUUCGCACAAGAUCUCGCACAACCAUAUCCUCUCGGUGGUCGCGUACGACUGUGCGAUGAAGCAAUCGGCUCCAGUCAUGGUCAACAUCCGCGUCCGGCGUGUCUGCGAAGCGCACGUAAUGGGCGUAGCGGAACGCAUCGACUACAUUGCCAACUCGAUGGAGAGUGUGUCACUGUUUCCGAAGAUUCAUCUCGAGCUGUGCGAUAUGCAGUGCAAGGGUGAGGAUAUGGUGAUCCAGUCGUCGGUUUCACUCAAAACCAAGCACAUCUCGUUCGGUUGUGAUCGUGACGCAACGCAAUGUUUGCGUCGGUUGAGCGAGAACGGGCCGCAGCGAACGGAUGCCAACAGCGGUGACACAUCCGGAUUGGUUGACUUGCUGCAGAAGAACACCGACUGGACGAAGGACCUGACGUACGAUGAGGGUGCCGAGGCGAUCUUCCACUUCGAUGGUAGCUCGGGUGCGAUCGUACCGAAGAAUGUAGUGCAACCGCAGGACUUUGCCGCACAUCAGUUCAGCAUCGUUACGAUGUUCCGCCAUCAUAGUAUCGCGACCAGUGACAAGCACACGAAGGAACACAUCGUCUGCAGUGCGGACGACCACAAGAUGAACCGACACCAUAUGGCACUGUUUGUGCGUAACUGCCGGUUGAUUCUGUUGCUGCGCAAGGACUUCAACGAUGGUGAUCUGAACAUCUUCAGUCCGGCUGAAUGGCGCUGGAAGAUUCCGCAGGUGUGCGAUAACGAGUGGCAUCACUACACGAUCAAUGUCGAUCUGCCGAAGGUGGACCUUUAUAUCGAUGGCAUUCGGUUCGAGAGCAACGUUGAGGACCGUCACAGCAAUCCGGAAGUAAUCGAUGAUUGGCCACUGCAUGCAGCGCACGGUAUUAACACCACGCUCGCGAUUGGUGCUUGCUACCAGGGUUCGGAGAACCGGCUGAAGCAUGGUUUCAGUGGUGAUAUUGCGGAAAUUAAACUCUCCACCCGGAAGGUGCUGACGGCGAGUCAGAUCCGCUGUGGAACGGAUUGUGCGGAAAAGCUUUUGACACCGCCCGAUCACUUCCUGGAACCGGAGCAACAGAUUCAAUCGAACACACAGAUGAACAAGAUCAUUAUUGAGGGAAGCAACAAGACAAAUAUCGAGCAACUACUGCAACAGAUUCAGUACAUCAACUCGAAGGAAAGUCCCACGAUUGGACGCCGCAACAUACAGGUGAUGACGACCGUUAGCUGUCCGAACAAGAAGGCUAUCCGAUUGCCGACGAUCGAUACGUACAUUAUGGUUAGUGCGGCAAACAACCUGUCCGGCGGUAGUAUGCUAUCAUCCUCCUCUUCGUCAUCUGCUUCGGGGCUGUAUAACAAAAUUCUGGUAGAUAAACCGCUCGCAAACGACCAGAAACCACAGAUCGUGAUCAGUGGCAACUCGAACCAUCUGGUAUCGUACCCGGACAUUAAGGAGGGUGUUAAGAUUCUGGCCCAGAUCAACAUCAGCGUGUACACCGGUAAGGACAUUAGGCCCGAGCUGCAGAAGCUUGACUCUUGCAACGUGAACGUAUUCCCAAGCCUCAACCCAGACCACGAGGAAAUCACGAUCGACGAUAAGGAUGGUGCGGAUGAGUCGCUGUUCAAGUUCGACAUCAAGACACAGAUCAGCAAGGAAGGUGUGGAGAUGAUCGGUUACGACACGAUCGAGAACUAUCAGCACGUGCUGAAGUCGCUCGUCUACAUCAACAAGAAGCCGGCCUACUACCUGAACCGAGUGUUCAAGCUGACCUGCUCCCAGGUGGACGAUCAUUUCCGUAGUGCGGAGUACACGCUCACCCUGACGGUGCUACAUCCGAAACAGCAGCCAACCUCGUCGAUCGCUUCCGCUGCUGCACCGGCCUCGAACGUUCUGCUUGCCAUCUCAACGGUAUCCUCGGAGCAACAUCCAGCCGUUGCUGUGGAUUCGCAUGACAACACGAACCAGUACGCACACGCGAUGCUACACUCGCACGAUGUCCAGGAAUCACAAUCGAAAGUGCGCAGUAAUGGUGGUGCCGCACUGCUCGGCCACGAGAAGCUUGCCUCCUCGCACUCGACCAUGUUGAUCGUGGUCAUCUGUGCAUCGUUCGUGCUACUUAUCUGCGGUGUCGGUAUUGCUCGCCUUCGCAACAGCAAUAGCGCGAUGACCGGUGGUGCCAGCGGUGGCCACGGUGGAGUGGGUGGGGUGGGUGGUGCGUUUUCGCGCAACCUCACCGACAAGCACCUACCCUGUCCGAAGGUGGCCCCGGACCAGCAGCUCGAUUGGGACGAUUCGGCGCUAACCAUCACCAUCAACCCGAUGCAGCACGAUACGCUAUCGGACGACAGCUCCGAGUCGGAAAACUCGGACUCCGAGGAUGAGGAGGUGCUGAACGGGCGCUACAAAAACGUCAGUCAGCUCGAGUGGGACAACUCCACAAUCUAAAUGAAUAUAUCAAAUAUUUUAAAGUAUGAAAGAUUUAUUGCAACAUCAACCAACCACAAGAGCGCAUUGCAAAAUUCCCUUCCUACCUGCAUUAUAUCAAACACGGAGAAAG